ACGUACACACGAACGCCCCGGAGUUUAGCUGCGGCCUGCAGGAGAUAGGUCAUAGGAGCCCCACCACCGAAGCUCUUUGGAUAGACUGACAACGGUAAUCUGUGACCUGAAAUCUCUCUCUCUCUCUCUCUCUCUCUCUCUCUCUGUCCCUCCAUCGAUCUCCAUGGCUCUAGCUGCUCUUGCUCCGCACCAUCAGUUGUUCAGCCUCUCAAACUCGAAAACGGGAACAAGACCAUGGCUUUCAUUCAAAACAAGCUUUUUGCAUUCUCGAAAGAAAACUCAUUUUUCUUUCAUUUCUUGCUACUCCUCUUCUUCUUCUUCUACUUCCGACUCUCCAGAAACCAAUGUACAGACAGCUGAGUCUUGUGUCAACUUGGGUCUCCAGCUCUUCUCCAAAGGACGGGUAAAAGAUGCUCUGGUUCAGUUUGAAACAGCACUUAACUUGGAUCCUAACCCAAUAGAGGCCCAAGCUGCACUUUAUAACAAAGCUUGCUGUCACGCCUACAGGGGGGAAGGAAAAAAAGCUUCUGAUUGUCUACGAACUGCUUUGAGGGAAUAUAACCUUAAAUUUGGUACAGUACUGAAUGAUCCUGACUUAGCCUCCUUUAGAGCUUUGCCUGAGUUCAAGGAAUUGCAAGAAGAGGCUAGACUGGGUGGGGAAGAUAUAGGUUACAGUUUCCGAAGAGAUCUCAAACUCAUUAGCGAAGUUCAAGCACCAUUCCGGGGGGUUAGGAGAUUCUUUUAUGUGGCAUUCUCUGCUGCUGCAGGAAUAUCAUUAUUCUUUACUAUACCCUUGUUAUUCCGUGCAAUUAGAGGCGGUGAUGGUGCCCCUGAUUUAUGGGGAACUGCUGGAAAUGCUGCCAUUAAUAUCGGAGGUAUCAUUGUUCUCUCAGCUCUGUUUUUAUGGGACAACAAGAAAGAAGAGGAGCAGCUUGCACAGAUAUCCCGAGAUGAAACUUUAUCAAGGUUGCCUUUGCGCCUUUCCACCAAUCGAGUUGUUGAACUUGUGCAGCUGCGAGACACUGUUAGGCCGGUUAUUUUGGCAGGGAAAAAAGAGUCUGUUUCUUUGGCUAUUGAGAAGGCAGAUAGGUUUCGGACUGAACUCGUUAGACGAGGUGUUCUUUUAGUCCCUGUCAUAUGGGGUCAAGGUACAGCACCAAAAAUUGAGAAGAAAGGCUUUGGUCUACCGUCAAAGACAGCUGCUGCUAUUCCUUCUAUUGGUGAAGAUUUUGAUAAGCGAGCUCAGUCUAUAACUGCAAAAUCAAAGUUGAAAGCUGAAAUUCGAUUUAAGGCUGAGACUGUAUCACCUGCAGAAUGGGAAAGGUGGAUAAGGGAUCAGCAAAUGUCUGAAGGAGUUACUCCUGGUGAGGAUGUUUACAUUAUACUGCGCCUCGAUGGCCGGGUUCGAAGAUCCGGGAAAGGCAUGCCUGACUGGCAACAAAUUGUGACGGAGCUACCCCCAUUGGAGGCAUUGCUAAGCAAGCUAGAAAGAUAAGAGUUCCUUCCAUCACCAAACUGUAUGAUUUUCUACAGGAGCACCUAUUAGUUUGGUCCUUUGACACUGCUUAGAAAUCUUUACCCAUUCUUUUAAGUGUCUCGAAUACCAUGUAUUAUAAAUCUUACAAAGGAAAAUGUAGAGGAGGCAGAGAUAUUGGUAUUUGGAA